GUUCUGUCUCCUGUCUGCUGCAGCAGGUUCAGCUGGUGUUCAUUGUAGAUGAUACACUGAGCUUCAUCAGGACAUGAGUCACUAUAUAGCUGGCAUAGGUGACGAGUGGCUUGCAAUUGGCCUUAACAAGGAAAUAAUAAUAGGUCAAGAUCGUGUGUGUAUAAAGCAGAGGGGGAAACCAGGGAUGGCAUCGAAAAGGUCAAAGAACAGCAAGGAACCAUCUCCUGAAGCUAAAGCACCACUUCGUCGCUGGGAAGAGGAACAAGAUGAUGAUUACUGUAACCCUGACAAACUGCUUCUGUGCCCUUAUGACGCUAAUCAUAAAAUCCGGGCAUGUCGCUUUCCCUACCACCUCAUCAAGUGCAAGAAGAACAAUCCUCAGCUGGCCAGUCAGCUGUGGACAUGCCCAUUCAACGCUCGUCACCUUAUGCCCAAACACGAGAUGUCCGAUCACAUGUCCACCUGUGUGGAUCGGUGCCCUGUAAAUACUGAUUAUGCAAUAACUGAUGACACCCAGCGCAAAUUCCAGGUUCCUGUCAGCACCUGGACUAUUCCUGUGUGUGAUGAAGACUGGGAUGAAGAGGAGGAGAAGUCUGGAACACCAGCAACACCUUUUGUCUGGGGACUUGCAAACUCACUACUCAACCAAGACCGGGCUGAGCCAACUGUGACACAAAGUUUGAUCCACAGGAUCAGAGCCCCACGAGUUCUUCCCUGGAAAAUGGAUGUGUAAAGACAAAGUGCAAAGUUCUCUCUUGCAAUGUGCUACUCUGAUUUGCAGUUCUGAACUAAUGCUUCUUUUAUUAUUAUUAUUGGUUUCAUAUUGGAUUUAUACAUUGCAUUAAGUUGAAGGCUUGUGGAAUGAGUAGCUGUUAAUAAAGUUAAUGUUAAUUGAAUCGGUUAAUGCCACUCUAUAAGAAUCCAAGUUUGAAUUAGAAAAUACUUUCAGAAUGUUUAUAAUUACCAUCAUAAUGUGGCAGUGUGCAGAACGUAAGAAAAGUUGACUGUGAUAUAUAGGGUACUUCUCUGGUCCUUUUUUUGUAUUUGCAUGUUCCAUUAUAAUUUAAUACGCAUAUGGUUUCAAAUAAAAAUCAUUUAAGAUAAA